AUGACGAGCUGCUACGAAGAGCAACAACAGGAGGAAGCACAGAUGGGUUCACUGCAAAUCCUUAAUGCCAUCAAGGCUAAAACUGAAGUCCCUAAGGUGGCGGCUAAGGGGCUAAUGUUCGUGGAGGCGAGCAUCAAUGGGACACCCACACGUGCUUUGGUGGAUACGGGUGCAUCCCAUAACUUUGUGAGCAUUGAUGAGGCUAGGAGGUUGGGCCUCCAAUAUAGUAAAGAAGGGGGCUCCAUGAAGGCAGUUAACUCAGCGGCAAAGACUAUACAUGGCAUGGCACACGGAGUCAAAGCAUGCAUUGGCGAGUGGGGUGGCUAUAUGGACCUAUCGGUGGUACCUAUGGACGAAUUCAAGCUAGUUCUUGGGUUGGAAUUCUUAGACAAGGGCUUUAAGAAAGGAGAGACUAACUACCUUGCUACGUUACUGGAGACACCCGAUGAUGAGUUAAUCCCUCCUCCACAAGAAGAGGUGCCUAAGGAGAUACAAGCUAUACUAGACGAGUAUACGAACAUGAUGCCUAAGGAACUGCCCAAGAAGCUUCCACCUAAGAGGGAGGUGGAUCAUAAGAUUGAGCUGGAACUGGAGUCUAAACCCCCUGAUUUGGUGCCUUACCGGAUGGCACCCCUAGAAUUAUAG